ACAUAUUGAGCCACCAACUUUUCUGUUUAUCAAGACAACACGAUAUGAUACACAGGCAUACCGUAUGAGCUUCUCGUACAGAACUAACAUGCAGUUAGGAUUUCUUUGGGAUACAGAGAGUUUGUGUGUGGCUUCAAUUCCAAAAUGUGCUUGAAGAUGUUGAUUGCUGCUAUCCUACUAUCAUUCGUUUCCUCUGUAAUUGGACAAGUUGUAACCUGUGGAUUGAAUUACGGAACAUGUCCUAACGAUGGAACCUGCAUCAGUUCCGGCACUGCUUUCAAAUGCCAGGGUGAUCCAUGUUCCUCUAACCCUUGUCUUAAUGGUGGUACAUGUACUAACACUGACAAUGGAGGAGCAUAUUCGUGCAACUGUAACACUGCUUAUAAGGGCCUCAACUGCAACAUGCCUGUGGGUAAUAUUUUUGCGGAUGAUGUUGAUAUGUUUGUUUCAGGAACACAAGUUGAUGAAUUAAAUAGAAAAUUACAAACUAUUUUAGAAAAUAUUGCGAUUAUAGGUGCCCCUUGUUCAUCUGGUCCGUGUCUUAAUGGUGGAACAUGUAUGAACAGUGGUACAACAUAUAUGUGCAGUUGCAGUAAUGGCUUCAAUGGAAAUAGAUGUGAAACAUCUACAACUGUAGAUUACUGCGCAACACCAGACAUAUGUGGCUCGCAGGGUACAUGUGAGUACAGUGGAAAUUAUUACAAGUGCCUUUGCAAUGGAAACAUGAUAGGGGGCAACUGUGAAGUUCCCGGGGGUACACAGACCCCUUGUUCGUCGGGUCCGUGCCUAAACGGCGGAACAUGUAUGAACGUUGGUACAUCGUAUGUAUGCAACUGCAUUAACGGCUUCAAUGGAGAUAGAUGUGAAGCAUCUACAGCGUUGACUGUGCUGCCAUGUUCUUCGUCGCCAUGUAAAUCUGGCGGUGUCUGUUCCAACGUUGGAUUGACAUUCAAUUGCAGGUGUCAAGAUGGUUACUCGGGUACGACGUGCGAGUAUUCGGUACGAAGUGGACCAAUGGAUUGCAUUACGCACCCUUGUGAAAACGGUGCAAUAUGCGUGUCCAAUGAUGAUCAUUACGAAUGCGUGUGCCCGGGAAAUAUUCCCUGUCAUUUAAAAACAAACCCUCAAAGACCACAGAAACAGUUUUUCCUCAUGAACCAGCAAUAUGCAGAUGGUAUUGGGUGGGUGACAAAUUCCAAAAUGCAAGCAGAAGAAAUUAAGAAGACCAUACCUGGGAAAGUGGAGUAG